AUGGAUGGUAUCAAAAAUCGAGAUGAAACAGAUCUUGAUUGUGGUGGCAUUAAAUGUCCAAAAUGUGAAGAUACACAGACUUGCAAAGGUGAUUGUGAUUGUAUCAGCGAAAUUUGUAAAAACAACAUGUGUAUUCCGGCUGAAUCAUGUAAAGACGAUAUCAAAAAUCAAGAUGAGACGGAUCUUGACUGUGGUGGGAACAAAUGUCCAAAAUGUGAAGAUGAAAAGAUUUGUCA